GAUCAGUUCAGUUGUGUCUCAGUGGGUUUUGUUCAGACUGCAGAAUCUCCAUCUUCAACUCUUUGGACUGUUUGAACAAACUGUGAAGGUGUGUGUGUGAGCUGAUGUGGACGUGAAUUCAGCAGAAUGGACCAGUGUGAAGACGGAGAGGACGGAGUCCCUCCCUCUAAAACCUCUCUGUGUGGGGGACAUGAGAGUCGGAGCGACCGGUCAAUCGGCAGGUCAAUUGAAUUUAAAGGAGACCAAAGUUCUGCUGUAAAGAGGAUCCAUCAGAAAGGAGACUCUCUUGAACCUGAACCCAGCUGUUUGUCCUUGAAGAGCGACCGGUCAAAGGGCUUUUUAUUUGACUUUAAGAACUGGUUCAUGAACUUUAAAGGAGACCAAUGUUCUCCUUCAGAGAGAGUGGACCAGCAGAUCUCAGAGUCCCCCAGCGGUCCGUCUGUCCAGCAGCAUCAGACCCAGCUGGACUCCGUGUUUCAGCUGCUGGAGGACGACAUCAUCAUGUUUGUGAAGGACGAGCUGAAGAAGAUCCAGAGGGGUCUGAGUCCAGAUUACCCAGAAUCCUUAGAGCAUGUGUUGCAGGGUGAGGGUGAAGAGCAGAGGAGCAGAGAGGCGUUUGUGAAGAUCACAGUGAACUUCCUGAGGAGAAUGAAGCAGGAGGAGCUGGCUGAGCGUCUGCAGAGCAGUACUUUUGCUGAAGUUUGUGAAAAGCGGCUGAAGUCUAAGCUGAAGGAGAAGUACCAGUGUGUUUCUGAGGGGAUUGCUAAAGCAGGAAACCCAACCCUUCUGGAGCAGAUCUACACGGAGCUCUACAUCACAGAGGGAGGGACCGGAGAGGUCAACAAAGAACAUGAAGUCAGACAGAUUGAAGCAGCUUCCAGGAAACCACACAGAGCAGAAACAGCCAUCAGACAGGUAGACAUCUUUAAACUCCCAUCUGGAAGAGAUGAACCAAUCAGAACAGUGAUGACGAAGGGAGUGGCCGGCAUCGGGAAAACAGUCCUAACACAGAAGUUCAGUCUGGACUGGGCUGAAGGCAGAACCAAUCAGGACAUCCAGUUCCUGCUUCCAUUCACCUUCAGACAGCUGAAUGUGCUGAGAGAGGAGAAGUUCAGCUUGCUGGAACUAGUUCAUCACUUCUUCUCUGAAACCAAAGGAAUCUGCAGCUUUGUAGACUUCCAGGUCGUGUUCAUCUUUGACGGUCUGGAUGAGAGUCGACUUCCUCUGGACUUCCACAACAAUAAGGACCUGACUGAUGUUACAGAGUCCACCUCAGUGGACGUGCUGCUGACAAACCUCAUCAGGGGGAACCUGCUUCCUUCUGCUCGUCUCUGGAUCACCACACGACCCGCAGCAGCCGAUCAGAUCCCUCCUGAGUGUGUCUCCAUGGUGACGGAGGUCAGAGGGUUCACUGACCCACAGAAGGAGGAAUACUUCAGGAAGAGGUUCAGAGAAGAGGAGCAGACCAGGAUCAUCUCCCACAUCAAGACAUCACGGAGCCUCCACAUCAUGUGCCACAUCCCAGUCUUCUGCUGGAUCACUGCUACGGUCCUGGAGAACGUCCUGGAGAACGUCCUGGAGAACGUCCUGGAGAACGUCCUGGAAACCAGAGAGGGAGGGGAGCUGCCCAAGACCCUGACUGAGAUGUACAUCCACUUCCUGGUGGUCCAGGCCAAACUGAAGAAGGUCAAGUAUGACGGAGGAGCUGGGACGGAUCCACACUGGAGUCCAGAGAGCAGGAAGAUGGUGGAGUCUCUGGGAAAACUGGCUUUUGAGCAGCUGCAGAAAGGAAACCUGAUCUUCUAUGAAUCAGACCUGACAGAGUGUGGCAUCAAUAUUGGAGAGGCUUCAGUGUACUCAGGAGUGUUCACCCAGAUCUUUAGAGAGGAGAGCGGCCUGUACCAGGACCAGGUCUUCUGCUUCAUCCAUCUGAGUGUCCAGGAGUUUCUGGCUGCUCUUCAUGUCCAUCAGACCUUCAUCAAGUCUGGAGUCAACCUGCUGGAGGAAGAGAAGAACACAGAGACUGACCUCUAUCAGACAGCUGUGGACAAGGCCUUACAGAGUCCCAACGGACACCUGGACUUGUUCCUGCGCUUCCUCCUGGGUCUCAAACUGGAGACCAAUCAGAACCUCCUACGAGGUCUGAUGGAACCAAAACAAAGAACUUCCCUGACCUUUCAGAACCUCCUACGAGGUCUGAUGACAUCAAACCAAAGGAGUUCACAGAACAAUCAGGAAACAGUUAAAUACAUCAAGGAGAAGAUCAGUGAGGAUCUGUCUGCAGAGAGAAGCAUCAACCUGCUCCACUGUCUGAAUGAACUGAACGAUGGUUCUCUGGUGGAGGAGGUCCAACAGUCCCUGAGGUCUGGACGUCUCUCCACAGAUAAACCGUCUCCUGCUCAGUGGUCGGCUCUGGCCUUCAUCUUACUGUCAUCAGAAGAUCUGGAGGUGUUUGACCUGAAGAAGUUCUCAGCUUCAGAGGAGGCUCUACGGAGGCUGCUGCCGGUGGUCAAAGCCUCCAAGAAAGCUAAGUUGAGUGACUGUAACCUCUCAGGGAACAUCUGUCCACUUCUGUCCUCAGUUCUCAGCUCUCAGUCCUCCAGUCUGACAGAACUGGACCUGAGCAACAACGACCUGCAGGGUUCUGGCCUGGAGCAGCUGUGUCCUGGACUGGAGAGUCCACACUGUCACCUGGAGUCUCUCAGGUUGAGUGGCUGUAACCUCUCAGGGAACAUCUGUCCACUUCUGUCCUCAGUUCUCAGCUCUCAGUCCUCCAGUCUGACAGAACUGGACCUGAGCAACAACGACCUGCAGGAUUCUGGACUGGAGCAGCUGUGUCCUGGACUGGAGAGUCCACACUGUCACCUGGAGUCUCUCAGGCUGUCAGGCUGUCUGAUCUCAGAGGAAGGAAGUUCUUCUCUGGUCUCAGCUCUGACCUCCAAUCCCUCCCACCUGAGAGAGCUGGACCUGAGCUACAACCAUCCAGGAAAGUCAGCAGGGAAGCUUCUGUCUAGACUGAAGGAUCCCCGCUGGAGACUGGACACUCUCAGGGUGAAGCCUGCUGGACAACGAUGGCUGACACCAGGUCUGAGGAAGUAUUCCUGUCAACUCACCGUCGACACAAACACAGUGUACAACAACAUCAAACUGUCUGACAACAACAGGAAGAUGAUGUUGGUGAGGGAGGAUCAGUCGUAUCCUCGUCAUCCAGACAGGUUUGAUCGCUGGCCUCAGCUGCUGUGUAGAGAAGUUCUGACGGGUCGCUGUUACUGGGAGUUCCAGAGUAGAGGAGGAGUUUAUGUAUCAGUGAGUUACAGAAGAAUCAGCAGGAAAGGAGACUCUGAUGACUGUGUGUUUGGAUGGAACGAUCAUUCCUGGAGUCUGUCCUAUUCUGGUGACGGUCGGUACCGGCUCCUUCACAAUAACAGAGGAACACCUUCCUCCUCCUCUCCCUCAGACUCUGACAGACUAGCAGUGUACGUGGACGUUCCUGCUGGAACUCUGUCCUUCUACAGCGUCUCCUCUGACGGACUGAUCCACAUCCACACCUUCAACACCACAUUCACUGAACCUCUCUAUCCUGGGUUCAGGUUCUGGGAUGGUUGUUCAGUGUCUCUGUGUUGAGUUCAGUCUCCAGAGUCUCCUCCUGUCAGAGAACUGUCUCUGUUGGACAGAUAGUUGAGUCUGUACACGUCUGUCUCUGUUUCCACCAGAACACCUGAAUCACACGUUGGUGAAACUGUUCUGAAUGAUUCCUUGGAAACUUCUUCCUCUCCCGGUCCUUUAAAGGUGAAGCUGCCGUUAUUCCAGGAUCCACAUGUUGUUCUUCCGUCUGUUUCCAGUCAGAGCUUCACGGUGAACAGCAGCAUGUUGUUUCUCUGCAGCUCAGUUCAGCUCAAAUCCUUCACUUCAUGUUCAGCUGCAGGUAGUUUGCUGCACAUGUGACCGACUGUGAUGUCAGAGAGGAAUCACCGAGCUGCAAUCAGCCCAGAUGAAGUUACAACCUGCUGUCAGAUCUGAGCACAAGGUUGCUGUGCAGCCAGGGUUCAUCCUGCUCUUUAUUCUCACCACUUCCCAAUAUUUGAUAUUCACUCAUUAAAAGUGCUGCCUCAACAUCUCCUCACAAUAGUUAUCAAAUUGAUUUAUCAUGCUAGGAAACAUAUUUCAGCAUGAAACAUUUUUUUAUUCUUAAUCCAUUUAGUUUGUUCCAAUUUUCAAAAGAUCACUUAUGUAACAUUUUAGUAGCAAAUCAUGAACAUCUUGACAUCAAGUCCCAUUUAAAGGAAACUCAACCACCAUAACACUUUUAGCAAAUCAUGAAGUCCCACAUCUGUAGAAAUGAUCAGGUUUAAAAUAAUCAGAACUUCCAAAUCCUCACAUUUGAACUAAUAAUCAAAUAUGUAGCACUGGUCUGAAGGUUUUCCUGACAGAGUGGUUGAUUUAAGAACAUCCAGCCACCAGGGGGGGCUGCUGCUCUCCAUCCCGCUGAGUGCUGCUUAUCGUGGUAGAAGAAGAGAGACAACGAUGAGAAGCUGAUGAUGUGGAUGAAGCUGUUAUAUUACUUUGUGUCAUGAAUCUGAUGUUUGUGGUUCAGUGUGCGUCCAGAGAAACGUGAGUUAUAUUGUUGUUUAUUGGAAGCACUUGUUUGUUGUUAUAUUUUAUAAUUCCGCUGGUGAGUAUUUCCAGCAGUGUUAUUUACUUCGCUAAUUGUUCAAAAGUCAUUAGUUAUGUUAUCUGAAUGUCACUGACUGUUUUGGUGACGGUCGGUACCGGCUCCUUCACAAUAAAAGAGGAACAUCUUCCCCCCCCCCCCUGACAGAGACUGAGCUGGUCUGACCCCCGGUCUGACCCCCGUCCUCCUCCUGUCAGGGUGGAGCCUGCUGCUGCUGGACCAACCACCACCACCACCACCACCACGGACCACACCAGCUCUGAGCAGGAGGAGGAGGUGGAACUGUGUGUUUUUAUUUCAUUCACACGCACAACAAACUGUCUGACAACAACAGGAAGAUGACACGUGUUGGCGACUGUUGGUUUGGAGGGAACCAUCAUUCCAGGGCCCUCAUUUAUCAACAGUGCGUAGAAAAGGUCCUAAAUUCUGUCGUAGGAGUGAAAUUUAGAAUGUGUGUAAGUACAAAAAAAUCCGGAUUUAUCAAACGUGCGGACGCUGGUCGUACGCACAUCCGUGAUGAUAAAUCCCACCUGUUCUAAACUGCCGUGCUCGUGCACGGUUACCGUCAUUUGCAUACAGAAACGCCUCCAAUUGACCAUAUAUGGAGCAACAACAGCUCCCGCUUGGAGGUUUACAAACUUUAUUGAACCAAAUUCUGUAGAGUUUACAACAAAAGGCAAAUGAAACAAAAUAAUCAAUUAUCUACAAAUAUUCAACAUUUGGGGGGGUUGAGAGCAAAAAAAAAAAAAAGAUACAUUUACUGACAAGCUAUGGGAAGUGUAUUAAUAAAAAUGAAUAAACAAAGACAUCGUUUCAUAUAAGCUUUUGGCAAUAUCGUUUUUUUCACAGUGUUUCUCAAUCCUGGUCCUCGUGGGCCCCUGUCCUGCAUGUUUUAGAUGUUUCCCUGCACCAACACACCUGAUUCUAAUUAAUGGUCCUAAUUAGCUUGUCACCAAGGUCUGCACAACUCUGUUGAUGACACACGUACUUUUAUCACGGUGUGCUGAAGCAGGGUAGCAUCUAAGACAUGCAGGGCAGGGGGUCCCGAGGACCGGAGUUGAGAACCACUGGUUUAAGAGAUGCUAAGUACAGUUUACAUUCAUUUUUCAGAUGUACAAUGGAGGGUUUGCUGUUAUUCCAUUUGCAUUUAUGUAUGUGAUAUUUGGCUUGUAAAAUAAUUAUGUUGACCAUGUUUGAUAUAUUUCUUGGAAGGUUAUCCAUAAAUUAAGAUUUGGUUGGAGUCAAAAGCUCCUGCUUGGAGGUGCAAACACCAACAGAGCUGUUCUGCACAAUAAAUGAGUGUUGCGUUCCUGCAGGCCACCGGGCAACGACGGGCAACAGAGACAUAGUUGCAUCGCAGAUUAUUUGUGCACUAAUUGAAUGAAAUCCUUUCAUGUCCACCUAACUGAAUUCAUUAUGUGAUGGUGUUUUUAUGGCGAUGUGGGUGCAAUCUAUAGCUCCAAUUAUGUUUGGGAAUCCGGCGAUGGCGUGAAAUCCUCGUUUAAUUUGGGCUUGUUGGUGAUGUGUGUAUCAUGGAAACUGGGUGUAAAUUAGGGCCAGAGAAAUUAUUGCAUACAACACUGCCGGCAUGAUUCUGCUGCGAAAUCCCGCAUGUCUCCAAUCUCUCUCUGAAAUGUUCCGGUGGACAAACAUCCCAGGGUGGACAGGAGCUGGAUGUGACUGGGAUGGAGUUGUAAAUCACAGCAUAGAUCCAUCAGAAUGUUUUUGGGGAAGCGGUACCUGCUGAGGAGCCGCGCCGUGCUCUCACUGAUCAACAGAUCAGCGCGCUUUUUGAAAACGCGCUCUCUGCGGAGCGUGUUUUUGCGGAGCGCACGGUCUCUAAAUCCUCCAACAGUGCAAGAUAAGCCAUGGUACUUGUAUUUUCUUUUCAGGUCGUCCUGCCAAAGCUGUCUUUUAUAGCUUGUCACACCAAUUAUUCAAAAUGUCUGAAUUACUUAUGGAUAAUUUUUAUUAAUUGGAGGAAACGGGGAACAUGUGCACAUGUUCAACACAAUACUACACAAAUGCACAAAUACAUGUUGAUAAAUACCAUACUUUGCGUGGAAAUGCUCGUACGCACGCUUUACGCACAGAUCUGUGCGUACGCACGGUUGAUAAAUGAGGGCCCUGGAGUCUGGACUGUUCUGGUGACGGUCGGUACCGGCUCCUUCACAAUAACAGAGGAACAUCUUCCUCCUAGUUAUGUUAUCUGAAUGUCACUGACUGUUUUCUUUGUUGUCACUUAAAUGUGAUAGUAUGUAUAUUAUCUCUUAUAUGAUGUUCAUGCUAAUAACAUUAUUAUUUGGAUUGUGUGCUAUGGUGAAACAUAUGUUUAUGGCUGUUUAUGGAUUUAUAUUAUUCUUUGGUUUAUUCCAGAACCACACACACCCACCACAUCUCUAAGUUCACUCUCUAGACUGGAUUAAAGCACUGUAAAGGAAA